GAAAAGAAAAAGAAGGAAGGUGCUCAGAAAAAGGCUGCUGAUCAAAAAACCAAAGUGCCAGAACCUACUAAGACCUGCUCCAGCCAGCCCCAGCCUGCCGGCCCCGGGACCAGCACUUCCACCAGCACUCUCCCCAGCAGCAGCAAUGGCAAGCGCGCACCUGCCGGCGGCCAGCAGCCAGCUGCAUCCCGUUACCUGCCUCGCGAGGUGCCUCCACGCUUCCGCCAGCAAGAACAGAAGCAGCUAUUGAAGAGAGGUCAGCCGUUGCCCACGGGGGCGCUGACCAGUGGAAGCCCCACCCAGGGUGCUGGGCCUGCGGGGGUAAGCCCUCCUCCCCCGCCGGGAGCCGGCGCACAGCAGCAGCCCGGUAAGCUCCAGCCAGAUCUCAGUCACAGCGGACUGGCAGAUCAUUAUGAGAGCUCCCACUGGGGACAGCAGCCCACUUUCCGAAGCGAAGCCGGCUGCAGCUGGGAUAAAGUGAUCAUAGACAGGACCGAUAAGGAGGCGUGGCCUGCCAUCGCGGGGACCGAGACGGAGUCUGCCUCAGAAUGCGCUACGGACACUGACUCCGCCUCCAACUGCGGCUCGGAGAGCAGUAGCAUGGCCACGGGGGGCGCCCAGGGCGGCUUCACUGGACACGCCAAGAAGACCAAUGGCAACAACGGCACCAGCGGCACACUCGUCCAAAGCCCCCCGAACCCGAGCGCCCUGGGAGCAGGGGGGGCCAACGGCAACGGCAGCGCGGCCAGAGCGUGGGGCGUAGCCGCGGGCUCCAGCUCCGGCCUCGCUCACUGCUCGCUCGGCGGCGGGGACGGGAAAGUGGACAACAUGAUUGGAGACGGGAGAAGUCAGAACUGCUGGGGCGCCUCCACCUCCAACGCUGGCAUUAAUCUCAACCUUAACCCGAGCGCCAACCCGGCUGCCUGGCCGGUGCUCGGACAUGAAGGAACUGUGGCAACAGGCAGCCCUGCCAGUAUUUGCAGUCCGGUCAGUGCCAUAGGACACAGCAUGGGCACCCAGAACGGGAACCCGGCGGGCACUUUAGGUGCUUGGGGGAGCCUGCUGCCGCAGGAGAGCACAGAACCACAAACAUCCACUUCUCAGAAUGUGUCUUUCAGCGUACAACCUCAGAACCUUAACACUGAUGGACCAAAUAACACUAACCCCGUGAACUCUUCACCAAACCCUAUCAAUGCAAUGCAGACAAAUGGGCUGCCCAACUGGGGCAUGGCUGUCGGCGUGGGGGCCGUCAUCCCGCCCCACCUGCAAGGCCUUCCUGGUGCUAACGGAUCGUCGGUCUCUCAAGUCGGUGGGGGCGGUGGCGAAGGGGGCGGCAGUUCCGUGUGGGGACUGUCCCCGGGUAACCCUGCCGCAGGGAGUAGCGGUUCUGGGCUCAGUCAAGGGAGUGGAGACACUGUGAACUCAGCACUAGGUGCUGAACAAAAUGGGUCCAGCAGUGCUGUGCAGAAGGCGGGGGGCGGAGCGGCUGCCUGGGACUCGGGGCCUCCUGCUGGCCCCGGGAUCCUCGCCUGGGGGAGGGGCCGCGGCGACAGCGGCGUCGGGAAUACCCACUCGGGCGCGUGGGGCCGCCCCAGCCGAAGCACUGCUAACGGGGUGAAUGGGGAGUGGGGGAAGGCCCCGAACCAGCAUUCCAGUGGCGACAGCGGCGGGAAAGGAUCCACGGGGUGGGACAGCCCUGGCGUGAGCGGCCAGAGCCCCGCCGUGCAGCCCGGCGGUGACCACCUGAGCUCAUGGGCCAAAGCCGCCUCUUCCGGAACCACGGCGAGCGAGGGCAGCAGCGAGGGCUCCGGCAGUCACGGCGAGGCGGGUGCCGGGAGGGAAGGCGCCGAGGGCCGGAGGCGAGAGAAGGGGGUUCUAGACCAAGGGCACAUCCAGUUGCCAAGGAACGAUCUGGACCCGCGAGUCCUGUCUAACACGGGCUGGGGACAGACUCCAGUAAAGCAGAACACUGCCUGGGAGUUCGAGGAGUCCCCGCGGUCCGAGCGGAAAAACGACAAUGGGACGGAGGCCUGGGGCUGUGCGGCCCCGCAGCCUCCACACUCAGGGGGGAGGAGCGAUGGGUCCAUCACCAACAGUACAAAUACCUCUUCGGUGUCGGGCUGGGCCAGCGCCCCGCCUGCCGCCGGGCCGGCAGACGCGGGCUGGGGGGACAGCGGCGGCAGGGCGCCGAAUGGCCCCGGGGUCUGGGGGGACUCGGUGAGCUCCACUGCUGUCGCUAAUGCUGCUGCCGCCAAGGGCGGCCACUCCUGGAGUGGGACCGUGGGUCAGGAGGACAAGUCACCCGCCUGGGGGGAGCCUCAAAAGCCCAAAUCUCAAAACUGGGGAGACGGACAAAAAUCGAAUCCAGCCUGGAGCGCGGGAGGGGGAGACUGGGCAGACGCGUCUUCGGUCCUCGGACACCUGGGGGAGGGGAAGAAAAACGGCUCCGGGUGGGACGCCGACGGCGGGCGGUCGGCGUCGGGCUGGAGCGAGUCUGCGCGGGCCGGGACCAGCGGCUGGGGCAGCGGCACGGGUGCAAAGGUGAACGCAGGGGCGAGCUGGGGGGAGUCUUUGAAACCCGGCCCCCCGCAGAACUGGGCGAGCAAGCCCCAGGACAGCAGCGUGAGUAACUGGGGGGGAGCCGCCUCCGUUAAACAGACGGGGACGGGGUGGAUCGGGGGGCCGGUCCCUGUCAAACCGAAGGACAGCGGCGAGGCCACGGGCUGGGAAGAGCCUUCUCCGCCGUCCAUCCGACGCAAAAUGGAGAUUGACGACGGCACCUCGGCGUGGGGCGACCCGAGCAGCUACAACAACAGAGCCGUGAACAUGUGGGACAGGAACAACCCGGGCCUCCAGGGCAGCGCCGCCGCCGCCGCCACCACGAGCAGCAGCAGCACGAGCGCGGUCGAGACGCCGCAGCCACACCCGGCCAGCGCCCCACUGAACCGGUCGCCGCUGCUUGGUCCAGUCUCGUCAGGCUGGGGGGAGAUGCCCAGCGUGCACUCAAAGGCCGAGAACUCUUGGGGAGAGCCGUCCUCCCCCUCCACCCUGGUCGAUAACGGCACAGCAGCCUGGGGCAAGCCACCCGGCAGCGGCAGCGGAUGGGGGGACCAGCCCACGGAGCCAGCGGUGACCUUUGGGAGAGCCGGCGCGCCAGCCCCAGCCCCAGCCCUGUGCAAACCAGCUUCAAAAUCUAUGCAAGAAGCCUGGGGCGGCGGUGGGGACGACAUGAGCCUCGGCCCCGGUCAGUGGGAAGAUGAAGAAGGGGGCGUGUGGAACAGUGCUGCUUCCCAGGAAAGCGCCUCCUCCUGCGGCUCCUGGGGGAACGCCCCCAAGAAAGGACUCCAAAAGGGCGUGAAAGCAUCCGGCAAGCAGGACGAGGCCUGGAUCCUGAACCGGCUCAUCAAACAGCUCACGGACAUGGGCUUCCCGAGAGAGCCAGCCGAAGAGGCCUUGAAGAGUAAUAAUAUGAAUCUUGAUCAGGCCAUGAGUGCUCUGCUGGAAAAGAAGGUGGACAUGGACAAGCGUGGACUGGGAGUGACCGACUACAAUGGAAUGGUCACCAAACCCCUUGGCUGCCGCCCACCAAUCUCCAAAGAGUCUUCCGUGGACCGCCCCGCCUUUCUUGACAAGGACGGCGGCCUCGUGGAAGAGCCCACGACUUCACCAUUUUUGCCUUCGCCAAGCCUGAAGCCCCCCCUUUCAAACAGUGCACUCCCUAACCAGGCCCUGGGCGGGGUCGCCUCAGGGCUGGGCGUGCAGAACUUGAAUUCUUCUCGGCAGAUACCGAGUGGCAGUCUGGGCGUGUUUGGCAGUAGCGGAGCAGCACAAGCCAGGAGCAUGCCGCCACCGCAGCCGCCCAUGCCGCCGCUGAACCCCUCCCAGCCCGGUCUCCGUGCGCAAGUGCCUCAGUUUCUAUCCCCUCAGGUUCAAGCACAGCUUUUGCAGUUUGCAGCAAAAAACAUUGGUCUCAACCCUGCACUAUUAACCUCGCCGGUUAACCCUCAGCACAUGACGAUGUUGAACCAGCUCUAUCAGCUGCAGCUGGCGUACCAACGUUUACAAAUCCAGCAGCAGAUGCUCCAGGCCCAGCGGAACGUGUCCGGACCCAUGAGACAGCAAGAGCAGCAAGUUGCGCGCACAAUCACGAACCUGCAGCAGCAGAUCCAGCAGCAGCAGCGCCAGCUGGCCCAGGCCCUGCUCGUGAAGCCCCCGCCGCCCCCGCCGCACCUGUCUCUGCACCCCUCUGCAGGCAAACCGGCCAUGGACAGCUUCCCCCCGCACCCUCAGGCCCCCGGCCUGCCCGACCUGCAGACCAAAGAGCCGCAGUCUUCGCCCAGCACCUUUGCUCCCUACCCUCUCGGAAGCCGCCCUGCCCUGACGGGGCCUCUCUCCGUAGCUGGACUGACCCCCAGCGUGAGCGUCGGCAGCAUGGACAUGACCGGCGGCUUGCCAGUGAAGGACCCGUCUCAGUCCCAGUCGCGCCUCCCUCAGUGGACACACGCCAACCCAAUGGACAACAUGCCCGGUGCUGCUUCUCCUCUCGACCAGAACCCCGGCAAGCACGGUGCUAUCCCCGGAGGCCUGAGCAUCGGGCCCCCCGCUAAGUCCUCCAUCGACGACUCCUACGGCCGGUACGACUUGAUCCCGAGCAGUGAGUCGCCAGCCAGCCCUCCGGUGGCGGUCCCCCACAGCUGGUCACGUGCCAAGUCUGACGGCGAUAAAAUCUCCAACGGCUCCAGCAUCAACUGGCCCCCAGAAUUUCACCCCGGAGUUCCUUGGAAAGGACUUCAAAACAUAGACCCUGAGAACGACCCCGACGUCACCCCUGGGAGCGUGCCCACCGGGCCGACCAUCAACACCACCAUACAGGACGUCAACCGCUACCUCCUCAAGAGCGGAGGGAAACUGUCAGACAUGAAAUCGACGUGGUCCUCCGGCCCCGCCUCCCACACACAAGCCUCCCUGUCUCACGAGCUGUGGAAGGUGCCCAGGAACACUACUGCGCCCACGCGGCCGCCGCCCGGCUUGACCAACCCCAAGUCUUCCUCCACCUGGGGGGCCAGCCCCCUCGGCUGGACCAGCUCUUACUCCUCGGGUUCUGCCUGGAGCACCGACACCUCAGGAAGAAGCAGCAGCUGGCUUGUCCUCCGCAACCUCACGCCCCAGAUCGACGGCUCCACCCUGCGGACGCUGUGUUUGCAGCACGGGCCGCUGGCCACGUUCCACCUGAACCUGACUCAAGGCAACGCCGUGGUCCGCUACAGCUCCAAGGAGGAGGCCGCCAAGGCCCAGAAGUCCCUGCACAUGUGUGUCCUGGGAAACACCACCAUCCUGGCGGAGUUCGCGGGCGAGGAAGAAGUGAACCGCUUCCUGGCCCAGGGCCAGGCGCUGCCGCCCACCUCCAGCUGGCAGCCCGGCACCGGAACCGGCCAGGCGCGGCUGGGCGCCGCGGCCAGCUCCCACGGCCUGGUGCGGAGUGACGCCGGCCACUGGGGCGCCCCGUGCCUGGCGGGCAAAGGGAGCAGCGACCUGCUGUGGGGCGGGGUCCCCCAGUACUCGAGCAGCCUGUGGGGCCCGCCCAGCAGCGACGACGGCAGGGUCAUCGGGAGCCCCACGCCACUGAACACCCUGCUUCCCGGCGACCUUCUCAGCGGGGAGUCCAUCUAGGACCGCCAGGACCCCGCGGGCGCCACAAUCAUCCAUCAGCACCGGGGCGGGACGCGGACCCUCUCCGGGCCGGGCGUCGCGGAGGACCCGCUCGCCGCGCAGCCCGGCAGCCCUUCCAAGUACCUCUGCCCAGGACUGAAGACGGACCUCGGCGCGGCCCUUGCGAACUGUCCCGGGACGGUGCGGGCCGCGCCUGGCCGGCGUCCCUCGCCAGGGACAGGACGCUCCUCAUGGCUUUUCAUUCUGUGUUGUCUCACGUUCGUGUGGCGUGUCGUCAUUUUGAUUUUUUAAGUAUAAAAGCUGCUUAGAAUAGUUCUAUCAUGAAGGGCACUUUUCAGAUUGUGGGCUGG